UUUUUUAGAAUUAGAAUUUAGUUUGAAGAGGCGAAGAACUAAGAAGAAGCUCUCAGCGCUGUCACGCUGUGUACAAGUAUAACUGCAGCAAACACCCCCCUAAAAACAGAUAAACCCUUUUGCAAAACUAGGGUUUUGUUGCCAAAAAGAAAGAUCUGAAAAUCAAAAUUGAAGGAAAAUAUCAUGGCGGAAACAAUAUGCAGAAGCCUUCGAGACGGAGCUUUGGAAGGCGAACAUGCUGCAGCUCUCACUAUCAAGGAUUCAAUCACCUCCCCUUUUGGCCCAGUCGUCUUCAAUCACGUUCUCACUCAACUCUCCUCCUUCAUUUUGGCGGGAAAAUCUCAAUCCAGGGGGCUCGUACUGAUUGCACUAACACAAAGUCCAUCGUUCUAUGCCAAUUUAUUUAAGACCAAUGGAAUCGAAGUUGCCUCAUCGGAUAAAUGGCUUAGGGUAUUGGAUUGUUAUACUGAUCCUCUCGGUUGGAAAGAUCAACUUGCCAAGUGUGGGGGCAUUUCAAAUUCUUCAACCUCAACGGCAGUUAGUUCUAGUCUAUGCAAGGAUGUUAAGAAUUUGGAUAAACUUUUCACUCUGCUUCUUGAAUUAGGAAGAGGUGUUAUUGGAGCAGAAAAAUGUCGUUUUUCAGUUGCUAUCGACUCGAUUAGUGUGAUGUUGAGGCAUGCAUCAAUGGUUUCAGUUGCUGGAUUUUUGAGCAAUCUACGGAGCCAUGGCGAAAUUUCUAGUGUCUUUUGGUUAUUGCAUGAGGACCUUCAUGAAUCCAAGACUUCUGCGGCACUUGAAUAUAUGUCAUCUAUGUUAGCCACCAUAGAACCUAUGACUCAACUAGCAAAUGGACUAAUAAGGGAGAGUACCGAGAGCAUUUCAUUUACUGAACAAAAUUUUGAUAGAGGGAAAUUCAACACACGUUUUAAGCGCCGAAAUGGCCGUGUUAGAGUUGUGUGUGAGGAGUUCAGUGUUGACCAAUCUGGCAUUAAGUUCAAAUCUUUCUCAUCUGAAGAUGCAGUUGCUCAGAGCAUUGUACCCAAGCUGCAAUUCAACCUUCAGCUUUCAGAGAAGGAAAAAAAUGACAGGGCAAAGGUUGUACUUCCGUUUGAACACCAAGGAACUGGAAAAUCAAUUGAAAUUUAUGAUGGCCGGAAACCCCUCAAUGAUGAAAAACUUGGUGUAAAGCCUUCAAAUGCCGCGAAAGUUCAAACUAAUGUGGCAUCAGGAGGAGGCGAGAUUAUAUAUUUCCGUGAUUCAGAUGAUGAAAUGCCGGAUUCUGACGAGGACCCUGAUGAUGAUCUGGACAUAUGAAGUGCACUGCUGCUUGGAUGUUAGGCUGGCAACAUAGCACUCUUAUUGGAGUGGUUAAAAAAAUCGUUUUCGUUGUGUUUUUCAGGCCCGGCACUAUCUUUGUUUCAAUCUGCCCUCGUGUGACUGGAUGCUUUGUCCGAAUAUAAAGUAGCCGGAACAACCUUUAAGUGUCACCAUGAUACCAGAGAUGGUGGCUAGGGCAGAAGCUUUUGCCAGGAAACGAGGCUCAGAAAAAAGUAGGGAUCUGAUAAGAGUAGCUUACUAGAGCUGUUAAUUGACCAUUGGUUCUCUAACUAACAAUAAUAGCGUUUGUAAGAGAGAACUGCUAGAGGAAAGUUCCAUUGACCAUUUCUUUAAUACGAAAA